CGCUAUGGAACUUAACUGUACCGACCUCAGCUUUCAAGCCGUCGCAGUUAUUGAGCGUGACAAAAAUGGAGAUGUGCUCGUGGUAUGGUGCUAUCCGACCUUAGGAUCAUCUAUCAAAUCAGUUUCUAUUAACAGGUCUGGGUUGAAAGAAAGCAUAAAUCCACCAUGCCGUUCCAUUUUUUCAAGAUUCGGCUCAGUCUGGCUUUACCAGAUAGUUGCGGCUGAUGUGGAUCAAUCAGCUGUUCAAAAUAUUGUUUCAUUUUGUAUAUUGGUUGUUUCAAAUAGAUAUUAUCCAGAAAAAUAUGGCACUGCCUGCAAGUGCUUGGCCGAAAUAUAUCACCUCACUGGCUCUACAGUUCAGCUUCUGGAUGCAUGGAUGCAAUUUCUUGAGGCAUACCCUGUUGAGAGAUACGACUUGACAUUAUUCAAAAAAUUAGAUCCUUUCCGAUUUUUUUCGAUCAAAGAUGUAAUUAACUCCUUCAAGGAUGAUGCCGUUUACAUAUGGAGCACUGGGACUAUGAAGAAAAGGAUUGCCUUAUACAAUGAGAGACUUUCUUCUUGUUUAAGGCUAAUACCCGUGCUCUAUCUAUUCGCCUUUUGUAUGCAAGGGUGGAAUAAUAUGAGACCCUAUGUUACAUUUUCAGAAGAAGAGAUUCACGAUUUGAAACUCACGGGAACCUACCUUGCCGGCUUUACAGAUCCUAAGAUUAAAGAACGCAGGGAUCUCUACGAUUUGCUCAUUUAUGAUAAGGAAGUCAUUGUUAUCAGUGAAUCUAGAGAUUUUUCGGCAGAGCGAUUCUUUCGACAGCAUCUCUUUGAAUAUCUUCAGGAUGCAGUUCAGAGGGAAGAAAUAACUUCGAUGGGGAUUUUAGAGAAAAUGAGGGAGAUAACGAGCACAUUUUUAUCUUGUCCCAGUCGAUUUUGAGCAUGCCUAUAUAUUCAGCAUUCGUCUAA